AAAAACAGUGCAGCCCCGGCAGGUCAAAGCAAACAAGCCAAGCGAGGCGGAUGGUGUGGGAGUCAAAGGGCUGCUGCUACUGUGAAUCUUUUUGGCUGGAAUAUCCACCGCGAAAUGGCGAGGGAUCAGUGGGAGGCGGGCAAACCUUGCGGCUGGAAUUAGCCCACCGGCUAGUCGACCAGAAUGACUACAGAGGAUUUGGCAGGUAAACCGCACAAAGUGUGGAGCUGUGACAGACAAACCAGAAAGUGUGUCGUCGCAUCGUCUCUGGAUGAACUUCGAACGAAAGGAGCUGCCAAGUUAGGAUACAACAACCCGUUUGACUUGAAGGUCGUGCUCGAAGAAGAUGGCACCGAAGUGGAAGAUGAAAACUAUUUCCAGCGAGCGGAGAGAGACACGGUAUUCCUAAUGCUACAGCCAAAUGAAAAAUGGCUACCACCCGGAGUAGAGGCCCUAAGAGCAGGCUGUGAUGUUGUGGACUCUAGUGAAGAAAGCUGUUACACCUUCAGCAAUGAGUGCUUGGAUCCCCUCACUCUGCUGAGCCACUUAGAAAUGGACACGGGAAAACUCGCACUUUUUACAGAAGAGCAACUUGAGGUGCUUGCAGACAUGUCGAUAGAAUCUGUGGAUCCUGAGCGGUUCAGCCGAACCUUCGUCGAGACUGUGAUCGACACAUGCGGGAGGCUUCUGGUGGAGAAGAGGGAAGCCCAAGAAGCCAUUGAGCUCAUUAAAGCUUUCUCGCAGAGCAGUCAGAACGAGGCCGACGAUUCAUCACUUGGUCCAGACACUCAAAGUGAAGAGGGAACGUCCCACACAAAGCACAGCAGGGAAGGUAGCAGUGACGGAGAUGAACAAGCAGCAAAAAAGACAAAGACUAGCUGACAUCCACAGCAGUUGUGAAGCACCACACACUUUUCAGUUUCUGGUCUUGAAGGUCUCGUCAAGCAUUCUGUGAAGCAAGUAUGCAUGUACCAUAUAUUUUCAAAAUUUCAUGCCUUUAAGGGUAAAGGUUUGAUUCUUGUACGAUCAUUGCCCUGUGCGAGUUUUUUCUUUAAUGUGAAGUGGAGUCAGGUACAUUACUUUAUCGCUUUGGUAUUUGAAUUCUUUGUUUUCGGCCCUCGUGAAAAGAGCUAUGCUACAUGCUUAGGGCUUGCAACAGUAAAGUGUCAUGUUUGCAUUGGAAGGAAUUUUCGUGGAAGUACAGUUUUCACUAAUAAGCAGAAUUUAAUGAUUCUUCUACUUCUGAAUUUGAGUUUGAUGUCCAUGUGGAGUUAGCUAACAUUUGUUUUUCAUUGCCACAUGGCAAACGUGAAGCACAGGAUGAGAAGGUUGCCCAAUGUUGACAUUGUGAUAACCAUGGUUCAGUCGAGAGAACGUGCAGGUUGCAGGUGCAGGAACAUGCACUUGCAGAAGACCUGGUGGCUUUGAGUGUUUUGCUGCUGUUGCUGCAACAUCGAAUGUAGUUAUUACUCCUACAAGGGCGUAAAAUUUUUUUUGAGUGCGUGAUUGGGAGGAAACAUACGGUCAUACCCAUCUAUUCUCAGCACAUCAUCACAUUGUGUUGUAUUCAAUGUGCUAUUUUCACAUUUAUGCUAGCAUGUAGCAGUCACUAGGGCAUGAAUAUUUGUUUGCAAAUAUCGCAACACGCUUUUGGUGCAAGAAGACUAAUUAGCGUUAUUGCCUAGCUGUUCUGUGAUUGCCGUCCAGCGUGUGGAUUGAAGCAUGAAGCAAUUUCAACAUUAUAGUACUAUACAAACUAUAUAGGGCCUAUGAUGCACCAACUUUCAUGUUGUAUGUUGCGCUGUAAAUGACAAACAUGUUGUAAAGAAAGAAUUUGCUAGGUUAGCUGUUGCUGCUAGAUGCCUCAAUAUAUAGUAACAUUUUAUUUAGGUUCUGGAUGCAUAACUUGCAAGUGGAACAUCCGAUUUACGUGCUGUGACACUCGGUCGUAAACUGUACAAACGGCGUUGCACAUCUGGGGCUAGCCAAUGUGUGAUGAUAUGUCAUAAGUUGCCAAAGCGUUGAAGUGUUGGUACUACUAAUUUUUUAUAAGAGUUCAUGGUGCGCACAUACUGGUAUGAAUUCACUGCACCACAUGCACUGUAAAGAUGAGCACCAAAGUAAAACAGUGAAGUUUUUCAUAAAUAUAUCGUAAACAUGUUCUGAGAUGUAUAAGUUCGUAUAGAGCUAACAUACCACCUUUCAUUUCAACGAAGAGGACGACUGCUACGUAGGGAAAAAAAGCUGGUGCAUUGUAGUAUGAGUGGGCAUUCCCUGCAGCACUGUUUGUCAUUUUUGUGACAGUUUAUUAUCUUGAAAGACCUUGGAGAUUGUGUUUGAAAUAGCUGUACAUGUAUUUUUUAAGUUGAAGGAACUUCAAUGGAGGAUCUGUCUUCACUAUCAUCAUUAUCUCUUGUGUGACUUCUGUCUUUCUCAAAUAAAGUUCAAUGAUAACUGUUCUGACA